AUGCUUCAUUCCAAAAACAUAGAGGACGUACUUGUACAAGGCCUCAGACCAGUACGAACAACAUCAAAAUCAUUAUUGGCCAUUUCAUUAAUCACACCAACUGGUGCUCCGUUAUCUUCACAUAUAAGCUCUCAAUAUGAGGGUGAUAUAACAACUACAAAAUUAAGAAUGUUUUCAUUAUUGGCAAUGAAUAGUUACAUCAAUGAACAUGGCGAUGACCAAGAAGAUGGUGAAGAAGGUGUUGAUGAUGACGAUGAUGUUUUAGCUGUUGAAGUUGAAGAUUAUAUGCUUUAUUUAAAAAGAAUCAAGGGGACAAAAUUUAGUGUUGUUUUAAUAACUGAAAAAGAUUAUCCCGUGGGCGUUAUACGGUUGAAGAUGAAGAAUUUGAGUGAAGCGUUUGAGGAAUUGUCUAAGUUUGAAUAUGUCGCUGAUCAGUAA